AUGGGAGGAGGCGCCAAGCCCCAUUCGCGUCGGUCGACAAUGUCGCCGCGCGCCUCGUUCCGCGGCAAGAACGUUGUCAUGGCCUCGCGCGGCCGCGCGCCAUGGUACACCCCCGACGGCCAAUCUGUGCCGGCGUACGUGAUCGGGAUUGCGGGCGGCUCGUCGUCUGGGAAGACGUCGGUCGCGCGCGCGAUCUGCAAGGGCCUGAACAACAUUCCCACCGUCCUCAUUCUGUCACAGGAUGCGUUCUACAAGUACCACACGCAGGAGGACAUUCAACAGGCCAUGAACAACGACUUCGACUUUGACCACCCGGACUCGAUUGACAUGGAGCUGUUCUCGCAGUGCCUUCACGACCUUAAGCAGGGGCGCGCGACCCAGAUUCCCGUGUAUUCAUUCCAACAACACCGCAAGUCCCUCGACCUGAUGGAAGGUAUCAUGGCGCUGCAGGCUGCUGAGAUGCGUGAGCUGUACGACCUCAAGGUAUACGUGAAUUGUGAUUCGGACCUCAUGCUCGCGCGACGCAUUCGGAGAGACACCGUCGAGCGUGGACGGGACGUGAACGGCAUUUUGGAUCAGUACCUGCGCUUCGUCAAGUCGAGCUACGACAACUUUGUGCAGCCGUCGUCCAAGUAUGCGGACAUUAUCGUCCCGGGUCACCACAACGACACGGCGAUCGAGCUCCUCGUGACACACCUCCAGAAACAGCUCGACGCGAGAAGUCUCAGGUUCCGCCGCGAGCUCGUGGAGCUGGACAGCAUGGCGCCAACGCCAAGUGAGGUACUGAGUGUGCAGCUCAUCCCGCAGACAAGCCAAUUGCUUGGCAUCAUGACGAUCCUGCGUAACGCCAACACGAAGCGCGGCGAGUUCGUCUUCUAUGCCGACCGCCUGUCUACACUCAUCGUCGAAGCGGCGCUCGCCGACCUCCUCCGCCAGCCCAAGGACAUCCGGACUGCCAACGGCGUGUCCUUCCACGGCGUGGACGGUGACGACAGCAACAUUGUCGGCGUGUCGAUCCUCCGGUCUGGAGGCCCGUUCGCCAACGGACUCCGCCGCGUUAUCCGUGACGUACCUUUGGGCAGUAUGCUCAUCCAGUCGGAACCCAAGUCUGGUGAACCCCUCCUCCUGAACCUCAAGCUUCCUUUGAGCCUGCACUCGAGAGAGAAGGCGGGGUCGAUGCAGGUCCUCCUCCUCGACUCGCAGAUGGGCACGGGUGCUGCGGCGUUAAUGGCGAUCCGCGUGUUGCUUGACCACGGCGUUCCUGAAUCCAACAUCACAUUCCUGACCUUCCUGGUCUCGCGGUACGCCGUACAUAGCGUGCACCGCGCGUUCCCGUCUGUGCGGAUCGUCACGGCCGCGGUAGACGACGAGCUGGACGAGGUGCGCCUCCCCAUCAUGCCAGGACACACUCUGGGCGAGGUGAGCGCUGAUGGCGACUUUGGUGCACGCGUAGUUGCCAUGCACGACGACGUGAUCGACUUUGACAGCGACGGCGGGUUUGAUACGCCAACUGGGGACGCGCUCGGUAAUGGACUUGGAGCGGGUCUUCGGUUCUCGCGAGGCGAGAGGAAGGAGAAGCUUGCCUGGGUCGUCCGACCGGGCAUGGGGCAUAUUGGGGACCGCUAUUACCUCGCCUAA